CACGGACGGCGGGAGUUUCAGUUGCGCCAGAUUCGGGUCUGAUUUUUUACCCGGUUCGGAUUCGCUUUGCGCUCCGGUUCGGUUCGACUCUGACAGCUGAUAUUCCUUAAAAAUUCGCUUUGUCUGUAAUUCGGCGUGUUUUGGACAGACCUGGAGACGGGGGCGCGGGUUCGGAGAGGGGUUAGGUGAUCUAAAAAAGCUGGAAAUUGGAUUAACGUUAGCUGAUAGGUUAAGCUAACAGGCUAAGCUAACAGGCUAGCUUUCACUGCACUGUCUAGCCGCCAGUAUUAGUGUUAGUGUUAGUGUUAGCUUAGCGUGCUAACGUGCUCACUUAAUCCGCGCCAGCCCGGUUCGUGACCCGGACAGGGACCUGCUAGCAGUGGCAGCGACACAACGACUGACCGUAUUUAUCGUUAAUUGCCGAUAUUUCGGUAUUUACCGAGAUAAUGAGUCGUUAAUAAGUUAGCUAACCCGCUGUAAGUGUUAGUUAGUUAGUUAGUAAACUAGCUAACCUAAAUGUGACCGAGUAAAUAGUGCAGACACACGUAGAAUUAGACAGUUAGUUAGCUAGGGGUAGCUAACUUAUUUAAUUUAGACCUAAUGGAGAAUUACUACCAUCAGCCGCAGCGCUACGACUCCUCCAGCCAGGGGAGAGACAGCAAAUCACACCGAAAAAAGGGGCUCGUCGCUGGAGGGACGUCUGCUCAUACUCCCUAUGGGACCGAGGAGGGGGAGAAGAAGCCUAAAUUCCCUGUAAAGAUCCGAACUAUUACUGAUGAUGUGCUGGACAGGUUUGCGAGUAUCCGUAUCCCAGGUAGUAAAAAGGAGCGGCCAAACCUUGCCCAUGUGGCCAAGUACCCCUCCCCCACCGACGGGCCCUCCUCCUUGGAGUUUGAAGAGCUUUCAUCCAAGAUCACCUCAGAGAAGGAGAUUCUCGCCCUCUUCGAAAAGAUGAUGGAGGAUAUGAACCUGAACGAGGACAAAAGAGGUCCGCUCAGAGAGAAGGACUUGAGUACUAAGAGAGAGAUGGUGCUUCGGUACGUCGUCACAGCGGCCAAAACUGGCAGUCUAAAGAGCAGCCAUCAGAUAUCUCCUCAGGAGUUUCUCACUGAGCUGAAGAGUGGAGCUACUGACGAGAAGCUGUUUACCUGCCUCGACUCCCUCCGAGUGUCCCUCACCAGCAAUCCAGUCAGCUGGGUGCAAAGCUUUGGCCAUGAGGGUCUGGGUCUUCUGCUGGAUAUACUGGAGAGACUUCUGCUCAAGAAACAUCAGGACAAGGUUGAUAAGAAGAGUCAACACAAAGUCAUCCAGUGCCUGAAGGCUUUCAUGAACAACAAGUAUGGGUUGGAGCGGAUCCUCGGAGAAGAGAAGAGCCUGGCACUGCUGGCCCGAGCAAUGGAUCCCUGUCAGCCUGCCAUGAUGACGGACGUCGUCAAACUGCUGUCUGCCAUCUGCAUUGUGGGAGAGGAGAACACGCUGGAGAAGGUCCUUGAAGCCAUCACCAGUGCAGGGGAGAGGAUGGAGACGAGUCGCUUCAACCCCAUAGUACAGGGCCUGGCUGACCGCUCCGUCCAGCUUCAGGUGGCAUGUAUGCAGCUCAUCAACGCUCUGGUUACGUCUCCUGAUGAGUUGGACUUCAGGCUGCACAUCCGGAAUGAGUUCAUGCGCUGCGGCCUGCGCGACAUGCUGCCGGGUCUGGGUGCUAUCAGAAAUGAUGCGCUGGACAUCCAGCUGAAGGUUUUUGAGGAGCAUAAGGAAGAGGACAUGAUUGAGUUUUCUCAUCGUCUGGAGGACAUUAAGGCUGAGCUGGAUGAUGUAGGAGAUGUGUUUAACAUGGUGUACAGUGUGGUGAAGGACACGGCUGCCGAAGUCCAUUUCCUCUCCAUCCUACAGCACCUGAUGCUCAUCAGGAAUGACUACUUUGUACGGCCUCAGUACUUCAAGAUUAUAGAGGAGUGUGUGUCUCAGAUCAUCUUACAUCGCAGCGGAACAGACCCAGACUUUUCCUACCGCAAGCGUUUGGACGUGGACUUCAGCCACCUACUAGAGGUGUGUGUGGAUAAAGCACGUGCUGAUGAAUUUGAGCAGAGGGCAUCAGAGUUGGCUCAGAAGUUUGACGAAGAGCUGAUGGGGAAACAGGAUGCUGAAGCCCAGCUUGUGAAGAGGGAGGAGAGAAUCAGUGAGCUGGAGGCAGAGCUACUGGCCUUCAGAUCUCAGUUUGGGGCAGUACCGGUGGGCAUACCUACAGUGCAGUCCGUCUCUGCCUUGUCGUCGUCCUCAUCAUCCUUUUCCCAAGUGCCCCCUCCACCGCCCCCAGGCCCUGGGUGUCCGGCUCCUCCCCCUCCUCCUCCUCCACCACCGCCGCCAGGCUGUGCCGCCAUGCCCGGAGUGCCUCCUCCUCCACCUCCCUUCGGUGUCCCUCCCCCUCCUCCGCCGGGAAUGGGAGGCCUGAUGUCCUCCCCCACCCACCACGUGCUGCCUUUUGGACUUCGGCCCAAGAAGGAGUUCAAGCCUGAGACCACCAUGAAGCGCCUCAACUGGUCCAAGAUCCGUCCUCAAGAGAUGUCUGAGAACUGUUUCUGGGUCAAAGCGAGUGAAGAGCGAUAUGAGGAUGACGAUCUGCUCGGGCGUCUGGCUCUCACCUUCAGCUCCCUGAGAAAUGCCCGGCGAGAGGAGGAGGAACUGGAGGAGAAGAAAUCUGUGAAGAAGAGAAUCAAAGAGCUGAAAGUGCUGGACCCAAAGAUCGCUCAGAACCUGUCCAUUUUCCUGGGUUCGUUCCGUAUGCCUUAUGAGGAGAUAAGGAGGAUGAUUUUGGAGGUCGAUGAGGAGCAGCUAACAGAACCUAUGAUCCAGAAUCUGGUGAAGCACCUUCCUGAGCAGGAACAGCUAAAUGCAUUGGCCAAGUACAAGAAUGAAUAUGCCAGGCUAUCUGAACCUGAGCAGUUUGGGAUUGUGAUAAGUGAUGUAAAGCGUUUGAGGCCCAGGCUGAACUCCAUCCUGUUUAAGCUGCAGUUUGAGGAGCAGGUGAGUCACCUGCGGCCGGAUAUCCUGGCGGUGAACACGGCGUGUGACGAGGUGAGGAAGAGUAAACCCUUCAGCAAGCUGCUGGAGCUGGUGCUGCUGAUGGGCAACUACAUGAACACCGGCUCACGCAACGCCCAGUCCUUCGGCUUUGACCUCAGCUCCCUCUGCAAGCUGAAGGACACCAAGUCGGCAGAUCAGAAGACCACACUGCUCCACUUCCUGGCUGAGAUGUGUGAGGAGAAAUAUCCUGAUGUUCUCAGAUUUGUGGACGACCUACAGCAUGUGGACAGAGCCAGUCGAGUGUCAGCGGAGAACUUGGAGAAGAGUCUGAGGCAGAUGGAGAAGCAGCUGCUGCAGCUGGAGAAAGAUCUGGAAACCUUCAGCUCCUCCACUGACCAGCAAGACAUGUUCCACAGCAAGAUGGCUAGCUUCUCCAUGCAGGCUCGGGAGCAGUACCAGAAGCUGGUCAUCAUGCACAGCAACAUGGGCACUCUGUACCAGAACAUGGUGGAGUACUUCGCCGUCGACCCGAAGAAGACCUCUGUGGAGGAACUCUUCACAGACCUCAGCAACUUCAGAGCCAUGUUUGCGCAAGCGGUAAAGGAGAACGGGCGGAGGCGAGAGACGGAGGAGAAGCAGCGCAGAGCGAGAGCGGCUAAAGAGAAGGCCGAGCGCGAGAAGCAGGAGCGGCAGCAGAGGAAGAAGAGGCUGCUGGACGUUAAUGCAGAGAAGGAUGAGACGGGUGUGAUGGACAGCCUGCUGGAAGCUCUGCAGUCUGGAGCCGCGUUUCGAGACCGCAGGAAAAGAGCACCCAGGCCUCGAGAUGAACCACCUCAAACGCUCAACGAAAGGCCAGUUCUGAAAGACUGCAACCACGCAGAUAACACAAAGGUACUCCUGCAAAGGUCACGGUCUCGGCAGAAUAUCAAUUUCUCCUCGGCGCGAGCCCCCGCUGCCAGGGAGGCUCAUUACGAGAACGAGGCCCAUCCGUCUGCAGCCCGGAGAGCAGCGCCGGCCCACCGGCCCGACCGCGAGAGAGAGCGAGAGAGGGAGAAGGAGAAAGAGAGGGAGCGUGAGAGAGAUAGGGAGCGAACGAGGGAGAGGGAGCGUGAGAGAGAGAGGGAGCGAACGAGGGAGAGAGAGCGAGAAAGAGCGAGGGAUCAGGAGAGCGAGAAGGAGCAGACCCCGCCGGGAUGUUCGGCUAACGGGGACACGGACGUGGAGGCUCUGCUGGCCCGACUCCGCGCCCUUUAACCUCACCGUACUCUCCCGACCCAGGCGCAGACGGGCAUCACCGCGACGUCCAGACCCGGCCCAAUUAAGCCGCUUCGCUCCUCUUCACGCUAACGAACAGCGUCAAGUAACUCACAACCAAACACGAGAGACGUCUUAACAAUUAACCUUUCCGUUCACACGCUCCUGCCCUUUCCUCCCGACAACAGAGCACGGCCCAACCAGUCACUGUCCUCCGGCUCUUCCCCAAAGCUUUUAUCUCCUUUCAGCCGGCCGGCUUUGUUUAACGGAGGCUUUUAAACAGUUGAGGGCAGCCCUGUGUCUGCACCUACUGAACUUAAUCAAGAAGAAGAAUAGCAUUUGCAUCACAAUUGCAUCAAAAUUCUGUUUUUUGAGUUUUUCUUGUUGUUAAAGAAAGUUCACGUUCAAAAGACAAAAAAAAAAAAGGUUAAAGAGAUGAGUUCGAGAGCGACAAAAAUAAUAAAAAAAAAAAAGUAGUUUAAAAAUGUGUAUAAAGGGCUACAGGAACCUGUGAGUAUCAGCCUGUCUUAAAUACAUAUGUGCACUUUCCAUAUAAAUAAAUAUAUAUGUAUAGUCUUUCUUCUAUGCAAACAACAACAAUAAUAUUAAACAAUAAUAUUUAUGGCUUUUAUUUCAUCCUUAUUUAACCUUUUAUGAUUGUUUAGUAAAAUAAAUAAAUAAAUCAUUUAUAGAGCAGUUCAGUCACGGAUUAUUAUUGCAGACCUAAUUAAGAACUUUUAAAGCAUAGUCUUCUUUGCUCAUAGUCUAUAGCUUUAGCUUUUUACACUGUGUAAUAAGAGAAACAACAUAAGCCCCAAUGCUAUGCCUGUUAGUUGGUCAGUCUCAGUUAGUGUUUUAAACUGAUCUACAGUUUCUAAACCUAAUAAAAAAAUAUACUAGUGCAUCUAAAAAAAUAUAUAUUAUUGAAAAGUUACUUUAUUUCAGUAAUUCAGUUCAAAAUGUGAAACUCAUAUUAUAUAGAUGUAUUAAACACACAGUGAUCUAUUUUAA